AUGUUGGAACUGGGACAACUUGACCAUCUGUUACCUCUAAAGGCUGAGUCGGUAGAGAUAACAGGCAAAAUCCAUAAUGCACCACCAAAAGGUAUAUUGGAAAGACUCACGGCAACGCUGCUGAAAUUAGGAGUGGAAACAGAAGGGACAAGGCCUAUUCCAGCUGAACAACGCACCGACACGCGUAUCUACCAGAUGUUCUGGCUCUGGUUCUCAGUCAACUUCAAUAUCUUGCCGUUCACCACAGGUUCGGCUGGGCCAGCAUUUUUUGGUCUUGGAUUGGAGAGCUCUCUCCUCACCAUACUUUUCACUGAUAUCCUACUCUAUGGAGCAAUUAUUCCCAGCGUUCUUAACGUCAUUUCUAUGCAAGGGUUUUUGAUCCUAAAUUGUAUAAUUGGAGGACAGAUUCUCUCUGCUGCUUCCAAUGGGAGGCUGGACGACACACUUGGAAUAAUAGUUAUCUCUGUUAUAUCACUUGUUGUCUGCUUCUGCGGGUAUCGGGUUAUGCACUGGUUCGAAAGUACUGCAUGGGUUCCUGCGGCGAUUGUACUUCCCAUUCUUCUCGGUUUAGGGAAUAAGCAUCUAAACCCGUCGAACAUUCCUUCUGUUCCGGCACCGACAGUGUCACAAAUUAUGUCGUUUGCGACAUUUGUAGCAUCAUCUUCAGUGGCCUGGUGUACUGUCACACCUGACUAUGGUGUGUAUCAUGACAGCAAAGCAUCUUCCCUCAAAAUCUUCCUAUAUGUGACGUGGAAUAUGGUAGGAGCAGCAUUCGCGGCUGCAGCUCCGGGAGUCCCAUCUUGGCAGCUGGGGUACGAUGAAGGCCGCAAUCUUGGUGGCCUUCUCCGAGCCGUUCUUGCUCCUACAAAGGGAUUCGGAAACUUUGUUUUGGUGAUCAUCGCUCUAAAUACAUCAUGUGCGGCAGCACCUACCAUGUACAGUUUUGGAACCAGCUUCCUGGCUAUUACGCCUACGUUAGCACGGGUCCCUCGAUAUAUCUUUGUUAUUAUCUCUGAGAUAAUAUUAAUACCUCUAGCCAUUAUUGGCGCAAAACGAUUUUACAGCACAUUGGUCGACGUUCUAAGCUACUGGUCGACCGCCUUUGGCAUUAUCGUGUUAGCCGAGCACUUCAUCUUCCGUCGUUCUUCAUUCCAAUGCUACAACAUCAAACACUGGGAUCAAGGAAGAUAUCUACCUGUGGGAGGCGCCGCUGUAGCCUCGUUUCUCGCAGCAGUCGCGUUUAUUAUAGCAGGCAUGGAGCAGACGUGGUUUACAGGCCCGAUUGCUAAGAAGGGGACAGGAGAUAUAGGCGUUUUUGUCGCUGCGGGCGCGGCGCUUGUAUUUUACAUUCCGCUACGUGCGCUUGAGCGGCGGGUGUGGCCAGGAAGAUAG